AUGAGAGACGUUCGAUUUACACGAGGAUUUCACGAUGAUGGCUUGGAGGGAUUGCGGCAACUUCUGGCCACUCUCGAGGUUCGUCAGCCGCCAGAAACCCUUCUGGACAUUCUUCCCCCAUCAACUGGGAUGUGGGCUUUCGCGAGGCAGUGGGGGGGCUCUGCUCAAAUCGCAGAUGCGCCAUCCCUCUACCUCAGGUCGCACGGCAAAUCUCCCUCUGACCCCCCACCCCACGACACAAGUGUCCGCCAGCGCACUACGGACCUAGAGUGUGCUGUCAGGGAUGGGAAGUUCGACUGGACGGUUAAGCCAGUCAGCAAGCAAUAUGAAUUCAAGACGCAGACUAAAGUCCCGAAGUUAGGCGUUAUGCUCGUCGGCUGGGGAGGCAAUAACGGAUCCACCUUGACAGCUGGAGUUAUCGCCAACAGAGAAGGAAUCUCCUGGCUGACAAAAGAUGGCAUUCAAGUUGCUAACUACUUCGGUUCGGUCACCCAGGCGUCAACCUGCCGUGUCGGCUCGUACAAGGGCGAGGAGAUCUACGUCCCUUUCAAGAGCCUGCUCCCGAUGGUUGAUCCGAAUGAUGUUGUUUUCGGCGGCUGGGACAUUUCGAGCAUGAACCUGGCUGACGCCAUGGCCAGAGCAAAGGUUCUGGACAUCGAUCUGCAGAAGCAGCUCUACAGCCACAUGAAGGACAUGACACCCCUUCCUGGGAUCUACGACCCAGAUUUCAUCGCCUCGAAUCAGGAGGCUCGCGCUAACAAUGUCAUCAAGGGUACAAAGAAGGAGCAGAUGCAGCAGAUCAUUCAGGAUAUCAGGAAAUUUAAGGAGACGAGCGGCGUGGACUCCGUCGUCGUUCUCUGGACGGCCAACACAGAGCGCUACAGCGACGUGCUCACCGGCCUCAACGACACAAAAGAGAACCUCUUUAACGCGAUCGAGCGCAACGAGCGCGAGAUUUCCCCGUCCACGCUAUACGCCGCCGCGUGCAUCCACGAAAAGGUUCCUUUCAUCAACGGCAGCCCGCAGAACACGUUUGUUCCGGGGCUGAUUGAAUACGCACUGGAGAACAAUAGCCUGAUUGGCGGAGACGAUUUCAAAUCCGGGCAGACGAAAAUGAAGUCCGUUCUCGUGGAUUUCCUCGUCAGCGCUGGAAUUAAGCCCAUGUCGAUAGUGAGCUACAACCACCUGGGCAACAACGACGGCAUGAACUUGUCGGCGCCACAGACGUUCCGGUCCAAGGAGAUCUCCAAGAGCAACGUGGUGGACGACAUGGUGGCCUCUAAUUCCAUCAUCUACGACAAGGGACAGCACCCCGACCACGUCGUCGUCAUCAAGUACGUGCCGUAUGUUGGCGACAGCAAGCGGGCCAUGGACGAGUACACAUCAGAGAUCUUCAUGGGAGGCAGGAACACCAUCGUGAUGCACAACACAUGUGAGGACUCGCUGCUUGCCGCCCCGCUCAUCCUCGACCUCGUGCUACUCGCCGAGCUCUUCACCCGCAUCCAGCUGCGCCGGGAGGAGGAGGAGGAGUUCCACUCAUUCCAUCCCGUCGCGUCUCUGCUGAGCUACCUCUCCAAGGCACCCCUGGUCCCUCCUGGCACACCUGUCGUCAAUGCAUUGGCCAAGCAACGAGCGAUGCUCGAGAAUGUUCUCCGCGCGUGUGUUGGUCUUGCACCGGAGAACAAUAUGCUUCUAGAAUACAAACCGACCAUGGCGGCGUACUUAGCGGCGAGGCUUUUGGCCCGAUCGGCCAAUAGAAAUGCCGGCAGCGCGAUAGCGAGCUUCUCCACGUCAGCAGCGGCCCAGAGCUUCCUGCAGAGGGCUCUGCCUGAGUCAGCAGAGGUAGCUGCAGCGUCACCAGCGGCCUCCGUCGCAUCGUCCAUCAUGCGCCGAUGGACCAACGGCGCACGAGCCUUCAGCUCCGCAGCGGGCGGCGACGUUAUCGGUAUCGAUCUCGGUACCACCAACUCCUGCGUCGCUGUCAUGGAGGGCAAGACGCCCCGCGUGAUUGAGAACGCCGAGGGCGCGCGCACCACCCCGUCCGUCGUGGCGUUCACUCCCAAGGGCGAGAGACUCGUUGGCACACCGGCCAAGCGACAGGCCGUGACCAACCCCACCAACACCCUUUUCGGCACUAAGAGGCUCAUUGGGCGGCAGUUUGAUGAUCCGCAGACGCAGAAGGAGGCGAAGAUGGUGCCGUAUAGCAUUGUUCGCGCGCCUAACGGGGACGCGUGGGUGGAGGCGGGCGGACAGAAGUAUUCUCCCAGUCAGGUGGGGGCUUUUGUACUGGGCAAGAUGAAGGAAACAGCCGAAGCCUACUUAGGACGCCCUGUGUCCAAGGCGGUUAUUACAGUCCCGGCUUACUUCAACGACGCGCAGCGCCAGGCCACCAAGGACGCGGGCAAGAUCGCCGGGUUGGACGUGCUGAGGAUCAUCAAUGAGCCCACGGCGGCCAGUCUGUCGUAUGGCAUGGACCGCAAGGAGGGGCUGGUCGCGGUUUUCGAUUUGGGAGGCGGGACCUUCGAUAUUUCUAUCUUGGAGAUUUCUGGUGGAGUGUUUGAGGUGAAGGCCACCAAUGGAGACACGUUCUUGGGUGGAGAAGACUUCGACAACGCCCUUCUCCAGCAUCUGGUGGACGAGUUCCGCAAGGAGCAGGGCAUCGACCUCACCAAGGACCGCCUGGCGCUGCAGCGGCUGAGGGAGGCAGCUGAGAAGGCCAAAUGCGAGCUGUCCAGCACCAGCCAGACGGACAUCAACAUUCCGUUCAUCACCGCUGAUGCUACUGGGGCGAAGCACUUGAGCUACACUCUCACGCGCUCCAAGUUCGAGACUCUGGUGAAUCCUCUGGUGGAGCGCACUCGCCAGCCAUGCAAGGACUGCUUGAGGGAUGCGGGCAUAUCAGCCAAGGACAUCACCGAAGUGAUCCUCGUGGGCGGCAUGUCGCGCAUGCCCAAGGUGCAAGAGGUGGUGCAGGAGAUCUUCGGCCGGCAGCCGUCCAAGAACGUGAAUCCGGACGAGUGCGUUGCGAUGGGGGCGGCGAUUCAGGGUGGCGUGCUGCGGGGGGAUGUGAAGGACAUUCUGCUGCUGGACGUGACGCCGCUGUCGCUGGGCAUUGAGACGCUGGGAGGGGUGUUUACUAGGCUCAUCAACCGCAACACCACCAUCCCCACCAAGAAGAGCCAGGUGUUCUCCACAGCGGCAGACGGGCAGACGCAGGUGGGCAUCAAGGUGCUGCAGGGAGAGAGGGAGAUGGCGGCAGACAACAAGCUGCUGGGGCAGUUCGACCUCGUCGGCAUCCCCCCUGCUCCCCGAGGCAUGCCGCAGAUCGAAGUGACGUUUGACAUUGAUGCCAACGGCAUCGUGCAUGUGGGCGCCAAGGACAAGGCCACCAACAAGGAGCAGGCCAUUACCAUCCAGUCGUCUGGUGGGCUGUCGGACUCGGAUAUUGAUCGCAUGGUGAGGGAGGCGGAGCAGUAUGCAGACAAGGACAAGGAGAGGAAGGCACUGAUUGAGGCGAGGAAUGAUGCGGACACCACCAUGUAUUCUGUGGAGCGGUCUUUGAACGAGCACAAGGACAAGCUGCCUAGUGAUGUUGUGGACGCAGUGCAAGCGGCCAUUGCUGAUCUCAAGGGGUCGUUGGAAAAGGAGAAUCUGGAGGAGAUCCGGGAGAAGAUCUCCGCCGCCCAGCAGGCCUCUCUCAAGAUCGGAGAGGCUAUCUCUAGGCAAGCGGGUGGCGGCAGCAGCUCGUCCUCUUCUGGAGGGGGUUCGACUGGAGGAGCUCAGGAGGCGGAGUAUGAGGAGAAGAAUCACUUCUGCAACCCGAAACUCCUCUUCUUCCAUCCCCCACCCACUUCCACCUCCCCCCUACACACACCUUCCCCCCUUCAGUCUCGAGCCAUCAUUGACGCUUUCCCGGACGUCCCCACUCUCGUCAACUUCGGAUUCCCCGACCACCUCUGUGGAACAUGGCACCAUAACUACACUCGCAUGCACCAGCAGAUCCGGGCAGCCAGCAAAAAUCCCUCCUCUGCCCCGCCGCCCGACACGCCGCCCGUGAAAUUUCUCACCUUUGACGGCCUCAGCCACUGCGACAGCCUCGGGGAGACCCUCAUGGGGCUGACGUCAGCGUUCACUGUAGCCAUCCUCACUAACAGGGCCUUCGUUAUAAAGCACCCGUGCAUACCCAUGGCGUUUGAACCGGCGCUGAUCGACUGGCAACCGAAAGAAGACGUGGGAUUCGAGCCGGUCAGAAACGAAACUUUUCCGCGGGGCCUGAAGGCCGGGGCAGUUGAUCCGCCAAUUGGAGCGAGCGAUAUCGUAGUGGUUGACCUGGAAAAGAAUGACCGGUCGAACCCGGAAAAGGUGUUUCCGGAGGUGGAAGCUGCGAGGAACCUGCGUGUGGUGUGGAACAGAGACCUGCUGGUGCAUAUGCUGAAGGACGUGAGUGGGUCGGCGUGGAAAGAGAGACUCACAGAAAUGGGCAUCAGCAUUCCUUACUCGUUCGGCUGCUUCGUGCGAUACCUGCUGAGGCCCAAGCCGGAGGUGUGGCACAAAAUGCAGCCGUUUGAGAAGCAGCUGAGGGGACGCAGGCCCAAGCCGGAGGUGUGGCACAGGAUGCAGCCGUUUGAGAAGCAGCUGAGGGGCGACAAGGUGGUGAGCAUCGGCAUGCACGUGAGGCACUUCGGUCAAGGCCCCGCCCGGCCCAACGCCACGGUCAGUGCAGAGGAGCUGCAGAAAGGCAUGAACGACUCCGUGCGACCCGCAUUUCAAUGCGCCGAGUCCCUCCACACCAAGGUGGUGAGCAUCGGCGUGCACGUGCGGCAGUUCGGGCAAGGCCCCGCCCGGCCCAAUGCCACCGUUAGCCCGGAGGAGUUGCAGCGAGGAAUGAACGACUCCGUGCGGCCUGCCUUCCAGUGCGCUGAGCCUCUUUCCCCUCCUCCCUCUGAACCCAACCCUCGGCCCAACGCCACUGUCAGCGCGGAGGAGUUGCAGAAAGGUAUGAACGAGUCUGUGCGACCAGCCUCCAGUGCGCUGAGGUGA